GGCGUGGGGAUCGGGCGGUGAGCUGCGCUCGCUCGCCUUCGAACCAGCUGCCCUGGGCUCCCAAGCUGUCACUCUUCCAGGUGGACUGUUCUGGGAGUAAAGCGCUGUGGAGUUCUGCUUUGUUUUUAUGUCACAUUCUAAACGAGGAGCUUGCUGGUCGUACGCUGAUGGACCUGUGUGAAUAACGUUGCUUUCUAAUCGACUCAGAGGCUUAAAGGGGCUUGGCGCUACCCCAGCCGGAGCUGCUGUCUGCAGUCUUCCAGCGCCCAGAUGCCUCAGCCCGGACUCAGUUCCCUUGUGACCCCGACCCCUCAGAGGGUGGAAAAAACCGAAGAUGUUACCAAGUACUUCAGUGAAUUCCUCAGUGCAUGGGAAUGGAGUCUUGAGUUCCAGGGAUGCAGCAAGACAUACAGCUGGAGCAAAGCGCUACAAAUACCUCAGGAGGCUUUUUCGUUUUCGGCAGAUGGAUUUUGAGUUUGCUGCCUGGCAGAUGCUCUACCUGUUCACUUCCCCACAAAGGGUUUAUAGAAACUUUCAUUACAGGAAGCAGACAAAGGACCAGUGGGCCAGGGAUGACCCUGCUUUCUUGGUCCUGUUAAGUAUCUGGCUCUGUGUGUCCACUUUAGGAUUUGGUUUUGUGCUGGACAUGGGAUUUUUUGAGACAAUAAAACUUCUCCUGUGGGUAGUAUUCAUAGACUGUGUGGGCGUUGGCCUUCUGAUAUCAACCUUAAUGUGGUUCAUCUCUAAUAAGUACCUGGUGAAACGCCAGAGCAGAGACUACGACGUGGAGUGGGGCUACGCCUUUGACGUGCACCUGAAUGCUUUUUAUCCACUCCUAGUCAUCCUGCAUUUUAUCCAGCUGUUCUUCAUCAACCAUGUCAUCCUGACAGACACAUUUAUUGGGUAUUUAGUUGGAAAUACCUUAUGGUUGAUUGCAGUUGGCUAUUACAUCUACGUGACCUUCCUAGGAUACAGUGCACUGCCAUUUUUGAAAAACACAGUGAUUCUUCUCUAUCCCUUUGCACCGCUCAUUCUGCUGUUCGGGCUGUCGCUUGCGCUGGGGUGGAACUUUACCCACGCGCUGUGUUCUUUCUACAAGUACAGAGUGAAGUGAGCGAGCUCUGGCUCUGAUGGUCCCAUCGUAACUGUGGCAACAGCCCGGGGAAGGGAAUUCCUGUAAAACGUGUAAAUAAACCAUCUCUGUAGAUAUCUUAAAGAUGUAAAGUUUACAGUUUGAGGAGAUACAUGCUAACACUAUUGACAAGUGCAUUCCUUAAGACUAAUUAAUGUACAUUUCUAUAAUAAAUAUUUUUUAAACUAAAA